GGAAAGGAAGUGGCAGCGGCUGGGAGAGAAUGCCCCCUUAUUUCUGUCUGUUUUUGGACAUGGAGAGCAGUGAAUUUGUGCCUGCCUGGGUUUGAUUGUGACCUGAGAGAGCUUUCAGGAGGCUGAGACAGGCAGUAUUGGAGCAGGAGCCCUGGACGCAGAGGAUGCUGAGCUUCCUACCUCUUCUUGACUCAGGCUGUUUCUUCACCAGGCAGAGUUGGGCCUAAAUGAGCACCAUCAAAAUGAAAUUAUUAAUUAUAUGCGUUUUGCUCGUUCAAAAAGAGGCUUGAGACUCAAAACUGUAGAUUCCUGCUUCCAAGACCUCAAGAAGAGCAGGCUGGUAGAGGAGACCUUCACCGUAGAUGAAGUCUCCGAAGUCCUGACUGGGUUACAGACUGUGGUACACAGUGAGGUGGAGACUGAGCUCAUCAACACGGCCUACACCAAUGUGCUACUCCUGCGGCAGCUUUUCUCACAAGCUGAGAAGUGGUACCUCAAACUACAAACAGAUAUCUCCGAACUCGAAAACAGAGAAUUGUUAGAACAAGUUGCAGAAUUUGAAAAAACAGAAUUCAUAUCUUCAAGUAAAAAGCCCAUCAUAGAUACUGUAAAGCCAAAACUUGCUCCACUUAAUGAAGGUAGAACAGCAGAACUCCUCAACAAGGAAAUCUUAAGACUUCAAGAAGAGAAUGAGAAAUUGAAGUCAAGGCUGAAGACCACAGAAAUACAGACAACAAAGGCUUUGGAUGAGAAAUCAAAACUAGAGAGAGCACUUCAGGAUUUACAGCUUGAUCAAGGAAAUCAAAAGGAUUUUGUAAAGGCCCAAGACUUGAGUGACUUAGAAAACACAGUUGCUGCUUUAAAGAGUGAGUUUCAGAAGACACUUAACGACCAGACAGAAAACCAGAAGUCCCUGGAGGAGAGUCUAGCGACAGCCAAGCAUGACCUACUCAGGGUUCAGGAGCAGCUGAGCAUGGCUGAAAAGGAAUUAGAGAAGAAAUUCCAGCAAACAGCAGCUUAUCGAAACAUGAAAGAGAUUCUUAGCAAGAAGAAUGACCAAAUCAAAGACCUGAGGAAAAGACUGGCCAACUAUGAACUCGAAGAUUAAAAAAUGAAGAAAGAUUUUUCAUUUGGAAGCUGCCACCACAUGAAAGUACAAGCUUGCACGUAAUUUGAAGCAGUUUCUUACAUUCUCUCUGUUUUUCUACUAUUUAGGCUUUGCUUCUAAUACUUAGAACUAGAGUUCCUAUUUCAGUUACUCAAUUGAGAAAAGAGAAAACUUAAUGAAUUCUGGCCAGUCAUCCCAAACUCCUCUCGCCCAAAUGCUCCAGCGUCCUAGCUCAAAUGUAGAGAGAAUUCUUUAUAGUAAGAAAAGAUUUUUUGAAUAGGAAAAGAGUUUUGUCCUUUUGCAUUAGUGUAAUGACUAUACCUUUUUAAUAAAUGUGAAAGCUAGUAUUGUCUAUACUUGUGUAUUCUCCAGGGUAAAAGUAGAGUUAUUAAAAUACUACAGAUAAACCUUAUUUUUAAAAAUGAAGUCUAAUUCAUUUUGUCUAUUUGAUCAUCAAAAAAUAUAUGAAUUCAUUGAAAAUAUGAAUGCCAUCUCUUGUAGGCAGCAUUUUUACCAAUUGUAAGGAAAAUUAACAGUAAACAUGAAGAUUUGAUUAAUUUCUUUUGGUCUGUCCAAAUGCUAGAGAAGAUUCAGACAUUUUUGCAGCCCAGCUUAGCCUGAGUCUGUAUUACUGAUGGAAAAGUCAGAUUUGCCCUGUACUUCUACACUUGAGAAAGCACCUGGACUCAGAAUAAAUAUAUCUUUAUACGUCAGUUUCCAGAAUGUUCUUUUAAAUCUUUUACAUUUAAAUGUUAAAUAACACUUUUAAAAAGUCUUCUCUUCAACAAAAAAUCAGUUACCAGACCUCAGAUUCAACUCUUGAUUGUAGUUUAUUUAUACGCAUCUACAGUAACACAUUUUCAAGAGGUUUUGAUUAUAUUUCCAUUGGUCCUGCUUUUUCCUGAGUGAUUUUGGAUAAGUCAUUAGAAAUUAGGCAUUAUAUCUGCAGUUGUGUAAUGCAAUGAUAUACUAUAGGAUAAAUAAAACUCCAUAAAACAUUAAUGCCUCAAAAGGGAAAUACUUUUAGCACAUUAUUGAGAAAGUAGUUAUUCCCACUUUCAAAAGCAGAGUAUCACAUCCCAAAUUAACGCUCUCUACUAAAGUCACCCAUUCCACAAAAAUUAAGAUUUUAUUCACCAAGAAGAAUUUACUGAUCAGAGGAUAGACUUAUUGUUGUUUUUAUUCAAGCUUUUAAAUACUGGCCUUGAAUUUGUUCUUUUUCUUCUAAUCUUUAUGUUAUAAUAUUGAAUGAACAAAUGAUAAAGAUACAGAAAAGGCAGUCUUAGAAAGAUGAAUGAAUCAAAGAAGGGAGGGGGGAAAAACUCCAACAAGCCAGCAUUUACUGCCUGUUCUUUCCUCACCUGGCUUUCAAUAUUUAGGUCACUUACCAAUUUCUGUGUCCCACACUUUCACCGAGGGUCCAUUUCACCCCAUAGUUCCUUAGCCCAAAAUUGAUACCCUUUCCAAAAAUCGAUUCCAUUAUUUAUGGACCAGGAUAUUCUGUAUGAUUCAGAAACAGAACUAGAUGGCUAGUGUAUCGUUCAGAAACCAUUAAUUAUUUUACCCUACAUCUUUCUUAGUCUGAUGCCCAUAUCAAAGGAAGAUAUGUUGAGAAACUGAAAUUGCCACAUAGAAUUUUAACUUGUUUUUUGGUAGCAACUUUGAAAUACUUGGAGGCACACUUUGGAAAUAUUGUGGGUUACUGCAAUGAAGCGAAUAUCAAAAUAAAGCAAGCAAAAUGAAUUUUUUGUUUUCCAGUACACACAAAAAUUAUAGUUACACUAUACUGUGGUCUUUUAGGUGUGCAAUAGCAUUAUGUCUAAAAAAAACAAUUGUAUAACUUAGGUAAAAAAUGCUUUAUUGCUAAAAAAUGCUAACCAUCUGAGCUUGCAGUGAGUCGUAAUCUUUUUGCUAGUGGAGGGUCUUGCCUCAGUGUUGCUGACUCCUGACUGAUCAGGGUGGUGGCUGCUGAAGGCUGGGGUGGGGGUGUCAAUUUCUUAGAACAACAAAGUUUGCCGCAUAGAUUGACUCUUCCUUUCACAAAUGAUUUCUCUGUAGCAUGCGAUAAUAUUUUAUAGCAUUUUACUCAUAUUAGAACUUCUUUCAAAGUUGGAGUCUAUCCUCUCAAACCCUGCUGCUGCUUUAUCAAAGUUUAUGUGAUAUUCUUAAGCCCUUUGUGGUCGUUUCAACAAUCUUCGCACUUCUUCCCUGGGAGUAGGUUCCAUCUCAAGAAGCCACUUUCUCUGUUCCUCCAUAAGAAGCAACUCCUCAUCUGUUCAAGUUUUAUCAUAAGAUGCAGCAAUUCAGUCUCAUCUUAAGGCUCCACUUCCAAUUCUAGUUCUCUUGCUAUUUCCACCACAUCUGCAGCUGUUUUCUCCAUUGAAGUCUUCAAUCCCUCAAAGGGAUGAAAUCAACUUCUGAAGUUAAUAUUGAUACUUUGACCUCCCCACAUGAAUCACAAAUGUUCUUAAUGGCAUUUAGAAUAGUGAAUCCUUUCCAGAAGGUUUUCAGUUUACUUUGCCCAGAUCCAUCAGAGGAAUCACUAUCUAUGGCAGCUACAGCCUUACAAAAUGUAUUUCUUAAAUAAUAAGACUUCAAAGCUCAUCAAAAUUACACCUCAGUCCAUAGGCUGUGGAAUGGAUGUUGUAUUAGCAGAUAGGAAAACAACAUUUAUCUGUUGGACAUCUUCCAUCAGAGUCACCAGGUACAUUGUUGAUGAGCAGUACAUAUUUUGAAAGGAAUCUUUAUUUCUGAGCAGUAGUUUCCAACAGUAGUCUUGAAAUAUUCUAUAAACUAUGCUAUGAACAGAUGUGCUGUAUUCAGCCUUUGUUUUCCACUUACAGAACAUAGGCAGAGUAGACAGCAUAAUUGUUAAGGGCCCUACGAUUUUUGGAAUGGUAAGUGAACACUGGCUUCAACUUAAAACUCACUGGCUAUAGCAGCCCCUAACCAGGGAGUCAGCCUGUCCUUUGAAGCCAGGCAUUGACUUCUCCUCUCCAGCUGUAAAAAUCCUAGAUGGCAUCUUCUUCCAAUAGAAGGCUGUUUUGAAUGCACUGAAAAUCCAUUGUUUAGUGUAGCCACGUUCAUGAAUGAUCUGAGCUAUAUCUUCUGGAUAACUUGCUGCAGCUUCCAUUGGCACUUGCUGAUAAGAGACCGCUUCUUUCCUAAACCUCAUGAACCAACCUCUGCUAUAUGAAACCUUUCCUUCUCCAGCUUUCUCACCUCUCUCAGCCUUCAUAGAGUUGACAAGAGUUAGGUCCUGGCUCUGGAUUAGGUUUUUGGCUUAAGGGAAUGUUGUGCCUGCUUUGUUCUUAUAUCCAGACCACUUAUACUUUCUCCAUGUCAGCAAUAAGGCUGUUUCAUAUUCUCAGCAUGUGUGUGUGCACUGGAGGCGCACUUUUAAUUUCCUUCAAGAGCUCUUCCUUUGUGUUCAUAGUUUGCCUGACUUCGGCACAAGAGGCCGGGCUUUUGGCCUGUCAUGGCUUUCAACAUGCCCUCCUCACCAAGCUUAAUCAUGUCUAGCUUCUGAUUUAAAGUGAGAAACGUGCAACUCUUCCUUUCACUUGAACACUUAAGAGGACACUGAAGGGUUAUUAAUUGGCCUAAUUUCAAUAUUGUGUCUCAGGGAUGAGGGAGGCCUGAGGAGAGGGAGAAAGAUGGGGGAACAGCCUGUGGGUAGAGCAGUCAGAACACACACAUGCAUUAAGUUCACCAUCUUUUAUGGGCACAAUUUGUGGCACCCCAAAACAAUUACAAUAAUAACAUCAAAGAUCAUUGGUCACAAAUCACCAGAACAAA